AUGGACCUGAGUGGAAGAAUCUCAAAUCCUAUUGACAGAUCCAACUUCCUGGUUCAUCACUACCGGAAACAAAUAGGAAAACAAGAUUAUAAGAAAACCAAAUCAGUUUUAAAAGCAACAAGAUUGAAAGCAGAAGCCAAGAAAACAGCACCAGGAAUAAGGGAUGUGACACUCAUCAUUGCAGCUAUUGUGAUUUUACUUGUGGCUAUUUAUGGUUUCUUUUAUCUGAAAUUCACCACAGAAGUCGACCUUGAUCCAGACUUGGAUGAAAAUUAG